CACCAGCAGCAACAGCAACUCCCCAAAUCUAGCAUGGCGUCAGAAAUACCGCCCAUUUGAACCAAAAGCAGUUUCCCGAGAGGUUUUCUCCCAAAGCGGUUUUCACCCCUCACGUAUAUCUAUAUAUUCAUUGUAAUACAACCCACCAGCCUCUCUCUCUCUCUCUCUCUCUCUGAACGCCAUGACAGCAACGCCGUGAAACCGCUCUCUUGAUGGCGUACCAUAAUCACCGCGCAAACGAAAUGGUGCUCCCGCAUUUCACCGAACAACACUUGGCACAAAACCCUUCGGUGCUCCGCAGCAUCUUACCAGAGCAUCAGCAGCAGCAGCAGCAGCUCGGGCCAUCCCCGUCCGACGCGGCCGGACCUUCCGUGAAGGAUGGGAAAGACAUCCAGCGCCUGAUGCUCGAGACGGCUGGGAAACCGGCCAGCGGGAGUGGCGGAGGCGCCGGCCCGACGUGGCUGAACAACGCAAUUCUCCGGCAGCAGAGCCAUCACUACGCCGACGGGAGCUUCCUUCACCUCCAAACGACGUCGGACUCGACAGCGUCGGGCGGGAACCCGUGGGUCCCGCGUCCGAUGCUGCAGCGGAACGCCAGUGAUGCUGGUGGGGCCAGCGACGCCAGCGACUCGAUGAUCGCUGCGGCGAUCUCGCAUGGGUCCGCCGAUUUGAACACUGGCGGCGAGCAGGGCAGGGCUGCGAACAGUGGGGGGGAGCUGGGUGAGAGCGACGCCGGGGCUGCCACGGCCGGGGAGCAGGGCGACGGGGUGGCGCCGUGGCAGAGUGCGCGUUACAAGGCGGAUAUCCUGACCCACCCGCUGUAUGAGCAGCUGCUGUCGGCGCAUGUGGCGUGCCUGCGAAUCGCAACGCCGGUGGACCAGCUGCCACGGAUCGACGCGCAGCUUGCACAGUCGCAGCAUGUUGUCACCAAGUAUUCUGUGCUGGGCCAUGGGAAUCAGCUGAUGGGUGGAGAUGAUAAGGAGCUUGAUCAGUUCAUGACACACUAUGUUCUAUUGCUCUAUUCCUUUAAAGAACAGCUUCAACAGCAUGUCCGUGUCCAUGCAAUGGAAGCAGUAAUGGCUUGCUGGGAAUUGGAACAAUCUCUGCAAAGCCUAACAGGUGUCUCUCCAGGUGAAGGCACAGGUGCAACCAUGUCUGAUGAUGAUGACGACCAAGCAGAUAGCGAUGCCAACUUGUAUGAUGGAAGCUUGGAGGGACCUGACAGCAUGGGAUUUGGCCCUCUUAUCCCGACAGAAAGUGAACGGUCCUUGAUGGAGCGUGUGAGGCAAGAGCUAAAGCAUGAACUGAAACAGGAUUACAAGGAGAAGAUUGUGGACAUAAGGGAGGAGAUUCUACGUAAGCGAAGAGCGGGUAAACUCCCUGGGGACACCACCUCCACAUUAAAGGCUUGGUGGCAGUCGCAUUCCAAGUGGCCUUACCCGACUGAGGACGACAAGGCGAGGUUGGUGCAGGAAACAGGAUUGCAAUUAAAGCAGAUCAAUAACUGGUUCAUCAACCAGAGGAAGAGGAACUGGCAUAGCAACCCCUCCUCUUCUACUGUUUUGAAGAGCAAACGCAAGAGAAGUAAUGCAGGUGACAACAACGCCGAACGGCUCAUGUAGUUGACAGCUGUGGAUUUAAAGCCCAUGCUCGACAAAUGAAGCCUCGCUGAUCCGAUUUGCAUCGCCUAUCUUACAUACAGCUCCAUACCAAUCUGCUGGGGCCUUCAUGGAGACCUUAUUGUUGGUUUCGUGCAAAGCCAAUGUUGUGGACACAGGUGGGAAGCGAUUGAUUUAAAGCUGCGUUUGGGAGUUCAAUUGAAUUGAAUUGCGAUAAUUCAGUUCAAUAUAUAGAGUAAAUGGCCAAAGUGGGGCCCACACCCCACUCCAGUCAUAAUGAUCGACUACCUCCAAAUUGCAAUUACUAUCAUUUGGAAUCCAACUAGAGAUGGAUGUAAUUGCAAUUAGUUGAUUUCCGCUAUAAUCAAUUGAAUGAAUUGCAAAUCAGUGCAGUUGAGCCUCCAAAUUCCAAACGCACCCUUAAAUCAUCUUGCAGCUUGACUGGAAUGCAGUUACGCCAAUCUAUACUAUAUCAGUAGGAGUAACAUUUAGAGGUCCAAUUCUUAUUAUUACUCAGAACUGAAACUUUGGAAAUUUUCCUUUUCCAGCAUUGGUGGGUUUUAAGUUCUAUUUUGCCUCUCUCUAUAUAUAUGUGAAUAACAGUAAAGAGGUGUAGGUGUACAGUGUAAUAAUCUCCUGCAUGAUACCCCUAACAGUGUUGGUGGCCAUAGUUUGUUCACCACUGUAUGAUAAGAGCUACAAAAUACAAAGAGAUGAAUGGUUUAUAGUCUA